UUUAUAAAUGCAUACAUAAUGGUCCCUUCUGCAUUGUGCAUUGACAUACAUUUUCGUUUAUUAGGUUCUUUUUCUUUUUAUUAUCGCUUUCUCUCUUAUUUCACUAGUUUGCGUAUGUCGUCAUUGCAAUAAUACUAAAGAUGGACUGAAGAGAUAUAAGAAUAGGGUGACUGUUCAAGAGAACCUCUGCUUCAUAGGUGAAAUAUUUUUGUCCUUUUUUUUUUUGUUUUCAUUAAACAAAUGCAAGAACUUCCAUAUAAUUUAAAUGAGUUGACAUGGGAUAAAGACCACUUGAAAAAUAAACAAAACAAGUAUUGUUAUUGUGGAAAUGAAUAUACAGAAGAUAAGCCCAUGAUUCGUUGUUCGACAUGUCAGCAGUUAUUUCAUGGAGACUGUGUUCAAUGCUUACCAAAACCCUUAUUGUUUGGGGACAACUUUGGCACAUUCACUUGUUCUAUUUGCAAUGGUGGAACAGAAAGUUAUGAAAGAAAAGGCCUAAGUUGGAUCAUUAUUGUUCAUUUAGUCAUUUACAACCUGAUCAAGAAGGCUCAGAUUGAAGAUUCAAAAAAAACCGAGAAAGACAGACGAGAACACUAUUAUUUUAGAUGGAAAGAAGACGUAUGCGCCUUUAUUGAUGACUAUUGGGAUUACUUAUUACCAGAUAAACAACGUAAGAUGAACAUCUAUAUAAAAAGCCCAUGGUUCAUAUAUGCAGCAUCUUUUUUUAUAGGGUCCGCUACUUGGAAUAACACCAUUGCCAGUGUCUUGUCUACUCACAGCAACAUCUUUUUGUCAGGAUUUGAAAAGUUCAAGCAGAGCGGUAAAAAGAAAACAAAAAAUAUAUAGAAUACAUGAUAUUCACCUGUUAAAUUAGCCUGGUGGACACUACACAAGGUUGAGCCACCUACUGGAGAAAAGAAGACAAAGGCAGGAUCAAGAGCAAGACCGAACCUGAAGAAACCAGUGAAGCGUAGUCAACCUGUUGAAGAGACAACAAAACCUAGAAAGACGAGGAAAACACAGGAUACAAAAAAACAGACAGUGAAGCAAGAGCAACAAGAUCUGAUUGACCUCAGCUCACUUUCUGAAUUAUCAUCAGCAG